AUGGGUAUAAAAUCUUCAACCUCUCAAACACCCUUCCUCAGUCUCCCAACCCCUCUCAACCGAAUCACACAAACCAUGGCCCACCUGCCGACCCUGUGUACCAUCCUGGCUUGUAUCGUCGUCUACCUGACGUACAGGUGCGAUGCGUCCAAAGCGAAAUGCGCCAUAGCAGACGUGGACCCCGACGACUGUGUCUACGGCACUCAUAAAGACUUCUGUGGCAAGCUAGUUUGUGCAAAGGGUCCGGGCAUGAGGUGUGGUGGGCCCUCAGACAUCCUCGGCAAGUGUGGGGAAGGCAUGCAGUGCAAGUGUGAGCGAUGUACAGGAUGUGGUCCGGGCAUGAGGUGUGGUGGGCCCUCAGACAUCCUCGGCAAGUGUGGGGAAGGCAUGCAGUGCAAGUGUGAGCGAUAUUGGUCUUGUUGUGUGCAGGGUCCGGGCAUGAGGUGUGGUGGGCCCUCAGACAUCCUCGGCAAGUGUGGGGAAGGCAUGCAGUGCAAGUGUGAGCGAUGUACAGGAUGUUCUCUCCACACGCUCAAGUGUGAUUUCAGCGAGUUUCUAUGUCUCGACUAGUCCGGUGAACCUCUCUAAAUUGAGAAUUCACACAGAACAACUAACAGUAUUACGUUAAACCAAAGAAUUGUAAGUUUAGUACAUUUCGUUAAAAAAAAAAAUACUUCCAAACACUGUUCUUGUAUCUGUCUAACAGGACACGUUACAAUUAUGUGAAUUAUUUUACGUGAUUUUUUAAAUUAUUUAAAAUAAUUUUCUAUUUUUUAUGUUACGAUGUUAUAUCAUAGCUUACUUAUUUUAUUUGUAUACAAUUAAGAUGAAUUUUAAGAGGCUCUACUUUGCAUUCAAUAAAAGUUUCAA